UUCAAAACAAUCUGUACCGUUAAACAGUCAGGAUUACGACGCUUGGUUACAAAGCUAGUAUUCCAGUUAGAAUAAGGAAAUAAAACUUGUAUAUAUUCAUAUCAACAGCAACUAUUUCUUUCGUUGGUUUUUUUAUGGACAAAUCUACCAUUGAUUUUGGGUUCUUGGAGAGGUUGAGAAAAUCAAAGAUGUUAAAAGAUUUAGACAAUGUCGACGAUGGUGGUUCGUGGGAGAAACUGAAGAAGGAGAGUGAAGUAGGGACUGAUAAUGAAAGCCAGCGGUUAAGCAAACUAACUCUCUUGGCUUUGGAAGGGUUUACGAAUGGCUUUGUAAUGAAGAAGAAUAAGAAGAUGAUGAUCAUUGAGAAAAAGGGUAUCAAGCGUGGCUUUGGAACUGGAACUGGAAGCAAAAGUCCUUCCGUUGAAGAAAAGGAGGAUUACUUGAUCAAGAAGCAAAAGAAGCAGAAGACAAGUGAUGCCAAGAAGCAGAAGACACGCAUCGAGAAGAAGCAGAAACAGAGAAAGGGUUUCAAUCCAGUCGAAGAGCUUAGUGCAUUAGGCUUAGAACCACCUCCCGAUAUGCAUCAAGUAUUCAAGGAUCGCAUCGAGAACUUGGGUGGGACUGACAUAAAGUUGGUUAUACAGAAGUUCAUAAAGCCCACUGAUUUGAACCCAGGACACAACCGUUUGUCAAUGACAUUGAAACAAGUUAGGAAUAAGUUUUUAACUGAAGCUGAGGAGGAAAAAUUCAAGAAUAAUUGGGGGAUGGAUGUUAUAUUGAUAGAACCAUGUCUUGAGGUAUCUAAAGUACACUUGACCAAGUGGCUCAUCGGAGGGAGCUUCGCAUAUGUUUUCAAGACUCAGUGGAAUCAAAUUGUCAGGAACAAUGCUGAUACUCUCAAGCCAGACGCGGUCGUACAAAUUUGGUCGUUUCGAGUGGGACCUGAAUCACAGCUUGGUUUUGCCAUUAUCAAGGUUAAAGAAGGGAAGGCAGUCUCUGAAAUUCAUUAGAUAAGGAGUUGAAGAUUUCCGUGAAUACAAGAUUCUAAAUUGUAGAACAGCCCAAGGCUUUUUUCUUAUCAAUCUUAUUUUAUUUUUUUCUUUUACAGAUAAUGUUUCAAAUUGUAAAUGUGUUUAGAUUACUUACAAGUGAUAUUCAAUUUAAUGAUGAUGAAUUGUUAUGAUUGUUACAGUGAAAUGAAUACGUUUAGCAAAUACCAGAUAAUAGAUAUACAUUCCUCUUAGCCUCACCUGAUUUUGUCUAGUAAAUAUUACAGGUGGCUGACCCAACAUACAGAAGGCCACGGAGCAAAUAUAAAUGCAUUUGGCAAACCAUUUUCUUUUGGCACUUAGCCUCACCUGAGUCAGCCAGCACCAAGAAUAUUUGCAGAAAGAACUAUCUGUAGCAGACCAACAUGCAACUGGAUUAUCUUGAAACGAUGAAUAUUUGACAAGAAGCUAGGGUCUUGUCAUAAAGCAAUGUUCUCACAUAUGUUCCCCACCCUUUUUUUUUUUUUUGAUACAAAGCAAUAUUCUUACUGUAAUUCCUAACAUGAUAUAUAUACAAAAUUUUCAGUCACAAGAUAACUUCCAGUGAACUUCAAGAUAGAAUAUCCAUGAUUGACUUUUGUAAGCAUUGCUUAUCAU